AUGAUUUUGGAAAUGUCUAUUCAACAACUACACAGUCUUAAUUUCAUCAAAUCCUAUCCAGUGAACUAUGCGUAUCAUCCAGUGAAAAAAAAUAGUUAUAAAGACAAAAAGAUGAUCUACAUAGUAAUUUAUGCUAUUUCUACCUUGCUGGUUAUCAACGCUGACAAUAUACCACCACCACCAACAACUUCAAAUUAUCCUAUUCAACAUCCACAACUUGACUGUCAUAUAACUCAACAAGGAUUUCAUCUUCGAUUACGUUGUGAUUUUCAUAAUUUUCCUAAGAAAUCAUUAGAAGGUUGUCAACUUCAUGUACAUUUACCGUCAGGUUUUUAUAUCGAUCCAUAUGAAUUAGCCUCAAAUCAGCCUAAAUUGAAUUUUUCCAUAAGUAAAUCAGUCAAUCAUAAUGAAAACUCUCGAAUUGACCAAAUUGUAAAUUGGUUGACAAAUGCAAAGAAAGCAGAUCCAACUAAUGGGAAUAAUGAAGUAAUAAGUUAUAAUCAUGUGGAUGUUGAAGCUCCAGAAUGGUUAUCUGAACCGCUGACUUAUAAAUUUCAUACAAAUCAUUUAGAGGAUAAAAGUAAUUCAGAAGAGAAUAAUGCAGUUGGUUCAUUAGAUAUUCCUAUUCAUUUACGUUAUCAUCUGCCGUUGACAAAAAGUGAAGAACUUAAGAACACCGAACCUACUACUGAAAUCAAACAUCCUACUCUUAACUGUCCAGAUGGCAGCAACAGUUAUAUUGUCGGCAAGAAUAAUAAUAAAGAUUAUUUCCCGGUGAUUGUACCAAAACCGAAGGCUUCUGAUCUUGUAUAUGUAAUGCCUAUCACUAUUCUGCUUUUAGUUGUGGGUGUUGUAGUCCUAUUAAUGGCGUAA